AUGGAGGACAAGCUCAAGCUCGUCGAAGCCGAGUCGGUAAAGAAGUUCGCCUUCUUCGGCGUUGCCGUCUCAACUGUAGCCACAUUAACAGCUAUUGUGGCUGUACCAAUGCUCUGCAUGUACAUGCAGAACGUACAGUCCGGUCUACAGGACGAGAUCAACUUCUGCCGUACUCGUGCCGAGGGUCUGCGCGGCGAGUACACUAAGAUCGAGUCGUUCCGCAAAGUUGAAGCUCGUGAAAAGAGGCAAACAUACCAAUGUUGCUCUUGUGGAAUGGGACCUGCUGGACCAGUAGGAAAUCCUGGCCAAGACGGAGCCCCAGGAAACGACGGACGACCUGGAGCCCCAGGAGCCCCUGGACCCGAUGCCCCCAACGACCAUAUUAUUCCUCGUCCCGAGGACUUCUGCUUCGAAUGCCCACCAGGACCCGCUGGUACCCCAGGUCAACCCGGACCCAAGGGACCUCCCGGAAACGCAGGAGCACCCGGAGAACAAGGACCCAAUGGACGACCAGGAUCUCCAGGAGCUCCUGGACCCCAAGGACCUCCCGGACCCAACGGAAACGAUGGUCAACCAGGACAGCCUGGAGCACCAGGACAAGUCCGCACCGUUCCCUCACCACCUGGACCCCCAGGACAGCCCGGAGACCCAGGACCACAAGGACCACCUGGACCCGACGGACGCCCUGGAAAUCCUGGAACAUCUGGAUCACCUGGAGCACAAGGAGACCCAGGACAGGAUGGACCUCCUGGAAAUCCUGGAGCACCUGGACAGCCCGGAGCACCUGGAAAAGACGGACUCAAGGGAUCUUGCGAUCACUGCCCACCACCUCGUACUGCGCCCGGAUAUUAA